AUGUCGGCAGACAGAAGCCAUCCAUCUGCUGGUGGGCUGUGGUUGUGCAACGCGGGGGCAGAGGAGGCUCGCCCUGUCCCAUCUCCUCUGCCCCGGGUGCAGCGAGAAGGCCUGACAGGGCAAACUGAGUGGAGGAGUGGAAGUUUUUUUCGUCACCGUUUCUCCUUGGGACCUCUAGACAACUCUAGCGGCAGGAUGACAUGGCGUCCCCAGUACCGCAGCUCCAAGUUCCGCCACGUGUUUGGUAAGGCCGCCACCAAAGAAGGAUGCUUCGAUAGCGUGCCCAUCACCUGCUGCGUCCAGGACAACAACUUCUGCGCAGUCAACCCACGCUUCCUGGCAGUCAUCACAGAGUGCGCGGGGGGCGGGUCCUUCCUGGUACUCUCCGUCCACCAUACGGGGAAAGUGGACCCUCACCAGCCGAGAGUGUCCGGCCACAAAGGGAAAGUUUUGGACGUAAAGUGGAACCCCUUCAAUGAUUACUGCAUCGCUUCCUGCUCCGAAGACACCACGGUAAAAGUGUGGGAAAUUCCUCCUCAUGGCGUAUUCAAGAACAUCACGACACCAUGGAAAGAGCUGCAGGGCCACAGUCGGAGAGUGGGCCUCGUCGAGUGGCAUCCCACGGCCAACAACAUCCUCUUCAGUACUGCGUAUGACUACCAGAUAAUGGUGUGGAACCUGGACUGCCCGGAGCAGGUUAUCAAAAACCCUGUGCGGACUAUCUCGCACCACCCAGACGUGGUUCUGUCCAUGUCCUUCAACACGGACGGCACGCUCCUCGCCACGUCCUGCAAAGACCGUAAAGUCCGGCUGAUGGAUGCACGCUCAGGGACAGUCCUGCAGGAGGGAAACUGCAAAGCACACAGAGCACACAAGGCCCUGAUACUGGGGAACAUGAAGAUGCUGGUGACAAGUGGGACCUCGAGGUGGAACGACCGGCAGAUUGCAUUGUGGGAUAUGGAUGACUUGUCAGUGCCUUUACUACAAGAAAACAUGGACGGUUCUUCAGGAGUCCUGUUUCCGUUUUAUGACCCAGACACACACAUGCUUUACCUGGUUGGGAAGGGUGAUUGCAAUAUCCGGUACUACGAGAUCAGCUCAGAGAAGCCCUAUCUUCAUUAUCUCACAGAGUAUCGCUCUCAUCUGCCUCAGAAAGGAAUGGGUGUGAUGCCAAAGAGAGGGCUGGAUGUGAGCUCCUGUGAAGUCUUCAGGUUCUACAAACUCGUGACCACCAAAAACCUCAUCGAGCCUUUGUCCAUGAUCGUACCUCGCAGGUCGGAAGCCUACCAGGAAGAUAUUUAUCCAAUGACUGCCAGUAACAGACCUGCUUUGACUGCGGAGGAGUGGCUCAGCGGAAUAGUUAAAGGUCCAGUGCUGAUGUCCCUGAAGCCUGGGAGCCAAGUGGAGGAGCCCGUCACAGAUCUGAGCAAAGCCUACGGGAACUCGCUGGGGUCCCCACGCACUCCCAGCCACCCGGGGAUGCUGCAACUCUCCUACAAUAUUCAGGACCAGCUGAAGACCAAAGAACGCAACCAAGAUAGCGCACUCUCAGCAGGGGACGGCGGCCAUUUGUCAAUCAGCAACGGGGAAGACUUGGCGUUUUGUUCCUCUCCAAAGACCGAGAAUGAGCUGCGGUUGAAGUUCCACAAACAGCAAGAAGAGAUUCGGCGACUUGUGGAGCUUCUGAACCAGAGAGACGUGCGCAUCAAACAACUGGAACUGGAAAUCAAGAACACCAAAAACACGCAGCCUCCCAGUUCACUAUAA